GUAUAUUUCUUUCAUAUCAGCUGUCACUUCGCAGCUAACUUCAAUACAAACAGCAGCGCUCAUUCAUGUGCGGUUGUUCGAAUAGUUUGGGUGUAGGAACGAUUUGCGCGUAAUUGUUUUUGUUUUUGCUGUUGAGCGUAUAACGCGUAAACAAAUAGAAUUUACAAUGGAAACAAAUGAAAAACAACAAUCUUGUUCUGUAGCAAAUUCUACAACAAGAAAAUCAAAUGCUUCUUUCAAUUUAAAAAGUUAUAAAGUGCAAGGAACGUUGUUACGUGAGGAUUUUGAUGGUGGUCCCGUUAGUUUGGAUGAAAUAACAAACGGUUUAUUUUUGGGUAACUUAUCUGCAGCAACAAAUAUGGAAACUUUGAAGUCCUUCAAAAUAAAACAUAUUUUAACAUUGGACACUGUGCCUCUACCAAAGCAUAUAUUGGAAGCAACGUUCCUUACUACAAAGUUUAUACAAACUAAAGUUUAG